ACGCCACCAGGCUCCCUUCGUCGCUGCUGCCGUCGCCCACCUGAGAGGAGCUGUUGUGGCAGUUUCCGCUGGCCACCAUGUCUGCCCAGGCGCAAAUGAGAGCCCUGCUUGACCAGCUCAUGGGCACCGCGCGGGACGGUUCAGUGUAUCUUUGCCUGCCUACAUCAAUCUGCAAGGGAGUUGCAGAAAAGCCUCAUGUUCAUCGAGCCGUGAGUCACAACCAAUUUCUAAGCUGUUAUAACAAAAAAGUGUUUGCUUUUUUUCACAAGUAACUUUUAAAGUGUAGUUUAGAAAGAAAAAAGAAACAUUUUCAAUAAAAAGACACUACAUUAAUCCUGGAUGCUUGCAAGUCCUGAAAUAUACCCCUCCUUGACUAUUACACAGCUCUGUGUCCUAUACACAGAUUAGCUUUAAAAUUUGUCACAUACCACUUUGCCUUUACUUUUAUGUAUCAUUCCCCCUGACUUCCUUACUGCAGGUGUGGGCAAGAAAACUUUUCCUUUAAAACUUUUCAACAGCGGGCAUAAAAUUCUGCAGCUGAGUUCUUGAAGAAUGCAGAUGGGUACAGUAUGUGUUGGAGCUCACAGUGUGUAUUGACUAACCUAGUUCUUUCUUGCCUUUUUUUUUUUUUUUGUAUUGUCUAGUUAAAAGUGACUCCGGUGCCAACUUUCUUUUUUAAGGGCGGGGAUGAAAGGUCAGUAGGAAAAAUGGGUUAUUUAACAGUCAGUGAUAGAGCUUGAAGGCAUUUUCCUUUUUGUAAUUUUGAGCAAGACAUUGCCUGUGCAUUUGUCUGUAACAAAGAUUUGAUUAAUAAGUAGCUUUUGUUGGUGUAAAUUACCACUUAUAAGUCAUAUGUGGUGAUUCAUAGCACUAUGAUUACAUGGGUUUUAGUAUGUCAAUCCCCACAUGUGUAUUUUGGCUAAUGGCUUCUUUUGCUCAUUCUUUUACUUCUGACUCAACUUGUUUGGCACAGUGAUGGAGUCAGAUCUCAUUAAUGUGGUUCUUCUUGAUAAACUUAUUCUUUAAAAAAAAAAAAGAUCUGUGCAGUUGUAAAUUAUCUUUAGAUCAGCUUUUCCGUAGAUGAUGGGGAGAGCAAAGAAGUGAUAGUCUACAAAUCAUCCAGGUGAAUUUUUGUGCCAGGCAGUCUAAUUUGUUUAACAUUAUAAUACUGUCUUAUUUAAAACCAUAAAUGAAUUUCAGGAGAUGAAACCAGACAGAGGGUCAAGUUUACAGAUGACCGAGUCUGCAAGAGUCACCUUCUGGACUGCUGCCCCCAUGACAUACUGGCUGGGACGAGGAUGGAUUUAGGAGAAUGUACCAAAAUCCAUGAUUUGGCCCUCCGUGCAGAUUAUGAAAUUGCAAGUAAAGAAAGAGACCUGUUUUUUGAGUUGGAUGCAAUGGAUCAUUUGGAAUCCUUCAUUGCCGAGUGUGAUCGGAGGACUGAGCUUGCCAAGAAACGACUGGCAGAAACACAGGAGGAGAUCAGUGCAGAAGUUUCUGCAAAGGCAGAAAAAGUACAUGAAUUGAAUGAAGAAAUAGGAAAACUCCUGGCUAAAGCUGAACAGCUAGGAGCUGAAGGGAAUGUGGAUGAAUCCCAGAAGAUUCUUAUGGAAGUUGAGAAAGUUCGUGCAAAGAAAAAAGAAGCUGAGGAAGAAUACAGAAAUUCUAUGCCUGCAUCCAGUUUUCAGCAGCAAAAGCUCCGUGUCUGUGAAGUGUGUUCAGCCUACCUUGGUCUUCAUGAUAAUGACCGCCGUCUAGCAGACCAUUUUGGGGGAAAAUUACAUUUAGGAUUCAUUCAGAUCCGAGAGAAGCUUGAUCAGUUGAGGAAAACUGUGGCUGAAAAGCAAGAAAAAAGAAAUCAGGAUCGCUUGAGGAGGAGAGAGGAGAGAGAACGAGAGGAACGGCUGAGCAGAAGGUCUGGCUCAAGAACCAGAGAUCGCAGGAGGUCACGUUCCCGGGAUCGGGAGAGACGUCGGAGACGGUCUAGAUCUUCCUCUAGAGAACGGCGGAAGUCUUCCCGGUCUCGGUCCAGAGACAGACACCGACGCCAUCGCAGCCGUUCCCAAAGCCACAGCCGGGGACACCGCCGGGCUUCCAGGGAUAUGAGUGCAAAAUACAAGUUCUCCAGGGAGCACACAUCAAGAGAGAAGUCCUGGGAAUGCGGACGGAGUGAGCGAGGGUACUCUGACUGGAGGCUGGAGAGCUCCAAUGGGAAGACUACUUCUCAGAAGUCAGAGGAGAAGGAGGCUGGCGAGAUCUGAACCCUAGCCCCGGAGCUGUAAAUAGUCUGAUAAGACAUUCAACACAGCCUAAAAUUACUCUAUAUUUGCUGACUACUAACUCAUCUUUUGUAGUUUAAAAUUUCUAUUGUUUGGCACUAGCUGUGACUUCAAGUUGUACAGAGUUGCUCCUGUCUUUGGGGUUAUAUUGUAUAGGAAUAAAUAGAUCUAAUGGGC